GGGAAAGCCUAGCCUGUUGAAGGUGCUCAAUGAACUGCAGCUGCUGUGAGUACUCCGCCUCCAUCCCAGUUGAAGCCCGCCCCCGCCGCCACCUAUUACUUUUGCAGUUUGGAGUCACAGAGUUCAUCUCUUCUCAUAGGAGGAGAAGGAUGGGGAGGAGUGUGUAUGUGUGUGUGGGGGUGUUGCUUAACUCCCUGUUUGCCCAGAACAGGGGAAAGGCUAGGAAAUUUUGGGCCCCACUCAAAAUGGAGCCAAGCCCCUGCCUCGCCUAAGAUGGCGGCUUCCCCGCCUCUCGGCUCAAGGUCUCCAGCGGCGAUUGGGCAUCUCUAACAGAGGAGCGGGUCCAAAGGUAGCUGGGCACCGCCCCCCUGUCUCAGGGUGGCACCCCGCCCCUGAUGACAUCACGCGGGAGCCUGCGGCUUGCUAUUCCCCGCCUCCUACGCGGUCACCUCGCGAGCCCAUCCCUCAUAAGAUGGCGGUUGGUUUGUCUCCCCACGGUAGCGCCGCCACUCUCAAUAUGGUAGCUGUUUACCCCAUAUUUCUCCUCCCCACUCCGCCUCAACUUCCUCGUUGUUUUGAAUAAACUUUAUUGACUACUACGAAUUGCCUAGCACUGCUGCCGGGCUUCUCCUGGCGACUUUUCGGUCCGUCUUUCUUGGACCAGGCGGCCGGUUCAUUUCGUUACUCCUUGGUUUGCUCGCGGCUUCUGCCGGCCCAGCGACGACGCCACUUGCCCGUUCGCAGGGCAGCCACCAGACUAGGCCCGAGCUGAGGUCUCUAGUAGGCCCGAACGGCGGGGCCGUGGGGAGUGCUGUGGAGAAGGCUGCCCUGAAGCACUGCUGGGCAGCUGGCGCCGCACGACCCAGCGGGUGGUUCGAAGGGAAGGCGAGCAAGGUUCGCAGCUUUAUGGUGACUAUCCCAGAAUUCGACGCGCGCCGCUACUGGGGCCGGAACUGCCGGGCGAACCUCCGCUGAGCGAAGCUCCGCGCCGCCUUGGAGCUAACCCGGCCGCCGGCGUGUCGCCGGGACUGAGCUCCGCCGGCGUGAGGACUGCCCUACAGCUUUGGCCAUGAGGCGGUCCACGUAGGAUUCGGGACCGAGGACAUUCUUGUCAGGUUUGAGGCGUGAAGACGUUCCUGUUAGGGAGGCGUAAAGAGAUUCUCCUAUCGUCCAGAGAGGACGCGUCCUGUUGCCUCCAGCCCCUCCUUGACACCAGGAACCUGGCCCGCCGCAGAUCGCUCCAAGGCCCCACGAAGAUGGCCUCGGUGCCUGUGUAUUGCCUCUGUCGGCUACCUUAUGAUGUGACCCGCUUUAUGAUUGAGUGUGACAUGUGUCAAGACUGGUUUCAUGGCAGUUGUGUUGGAGUUGAAGAGGAGAAGGCUGCUGACAUUGACCUGUACCACUGCCCCAACUGUGAGGUCUUACAUGGUCCCUCCAUUAUGAAAAAACGCCGUGGAUCUUCAAAAGGGCAUGAAACACACAAGGGGAAGCCAGUGAAGACUGGGAGCCCUAUGUUCAUUCGAGAACUCCGCAGUAGGACUUUUGACAGCUCAGAUGAAGUAAUUCUGAAGCCCACUGGAAAUCAGUUGACUGUGGAAUUUCUGGAAGAGAAUAGCUUCAGUGUACCCAUCCUGGUCUUGAAGAAGGAUGGGUUGGGAAUGACGCUGCCCUCGCCAUCAUUCACUGUGAGAGAUGUGGAACACUAUGUUGGUUCUGACAAGGAGAUUGAUGUGAUUGAUGUGGCCCGUCAGGCUGACUGCAAGAUGAAGCUUGGUGAUUUUGUGAAAUAUUAUUACAGCGGGAAGAGGGAGAAAGUCCUCAAUGUCAUUAGUUUGGAAUUCUCUGAUACCAGGCUUUCCAACCUUGUGGAGACACCUAAGAUUGUUCGCAAGCUGUCAUGGGUUGAGAACUUGUGGCCUGAGGAGUGUGUCUUUGAGAGACCCAAUGUGCAGAAGUACUGCCUCAUGAGUGUGCGGGAUAGUUAUACAGAUUUUCACAUUGACUUUGGUGGCACCUCAGUCUGGUAUCAUGUGCUCAAGGGUGAGAAGAUUUUCUACCUGAUCCGCCCAACAAAUGCUAAUCUGACUCUCUUUGAGUGCUGGAGCAGCUCCUCUAAUCAGAACGAGAUGUUCUUUGGGGACCAGGUGGACAAGUGCUACAAGUGUUCCGUGAAGCAAGGACAGACACUUUUCAUUCCUACAGGUUGGAUCCAUGCUGUUCUUACCCCUGUGGACUGCCUUGCCUUUGGUGGGAAUUUUUUACACAGCCUUAACAUUGAAAUGCAGCUCAAAGCCUAUGAGAUUGAGAAGAGGCUAAGCACAGCAGAUCUUUUCAAGUUCCCCAACUUUGAGACCAUCUGUUGGUAUGUGGGAAAGCACAUUCUGGAUAUAUUUCGAGGUUUGCGAGAGAACAGGAGACACCCUGCCUCCUACCUGGUCCAUGGUGGCAAAGCCCUGAACUUGGCUUUUAGAGCCUGGACAAGGAAAGAAGCUCUGCCAGACCAUGAAGAUGAGAUCCCGGAGACGGUGCGGACCGUACAGCUCAUUAAAGAUCUGGCUAGGGAGAUCCGCCUUGUUGAAGACAUCUUCCAACAGAACGUUGGGAAGACGAGCAAUAUCUUUGGGCUGCAGAGGAUCUUCCCAGCCGGCUCCAUUCCCUUAACCAGGCCAGCCCAUUCCACUUCAGUGUCCAUGUCCAGGCUGUCACUGCCCUCCAAAAGUGUUCCAAAGAAGAAAGUCCUGAAGCCCAAGGAACUCUUCAAGAAGGCAGAGCGAAAGGGCAAGGAGAGUUCAGCCUUGGGGCCUGCUGGCCAGUUGAGCUAUAAUCUCAUGGACCCAUACAAUCAUCAGACACUGAAGACAGGCUCUUCCCAGAAAGCAAAGUUCAACAUCACUGGUACCUGCUUGAAUGACUCAGAUGAUGACUCACCAGACAUGGACCUUGAUGGGAAUGAGAGCCCGCUGGCCCUAUUGAUGGCUAAUGGCAGUACUAAGAGGGUGAAGAGUUUAUCCAAAUCUCGGAGAGCCAAAAUUGCCAAGAAGGUGGACAAGGCAAGGCUGGUGGCUGAACAGAUGAUGGAGGAUGAAUUUGACUUGGAUUCAGAUGAUGAAUUGCAGAUUGAUGAGAGAUUGGGAAAAGAGAAGGCUACCCUGAUAAUAAGAUCAAAAUUUCCCCGGAAGUUGCCCCGUGCUAAGCCAUGCUCUGACCCCAACCGAGUUCGUGAACCAGGAGAAGUUGAGUUUGACAUUGAGGAGGACUAUACAACAGAUGAGGACAUGGUUGAAGGGGUUGAAGGCAAGCUUGGGAAUGGGAGUGGAGCUGGUGGAAUUCUUGAUCUACUUAAGGCCAGCAGGCAGGUGGGGGGACCUGACUAUGCUGCCCUCACCGAGGCUCCAGCCUCCCCCAGCACUCAGGAGGCCAUCCAGGGCAUGCUGUGCAUGGCCAACCUGCAGUCCUCAUCUUCUUCACCGGCUACCUCUAGCCUGCAGGCCUGGUGGACAGGAGGGCAGGACAGAAGCAGUGGGAGUUCCAGCAGUGGUCUGGGCACAGUGUCUAGCAGUCCUGCUUCUCAGCGCACCCCAGGGAAGCGGCCCAUCAAGCGUCCUGCAUAUUGGAGAACCGAGAGCGAGGAAGAGGAGGAGAAUGCCAGUCUGGAUGAACAGGACAGUUUGGGAGCAUGCUUCAAGGAUGCAGAGUAUAUCUACCCUUCCCUGGAAUCUGAUGAUGAUGACCCUGCUCUGAAAUCUCGACCCAAGAAAAAGAAGAAUUCAGAUGAUGCCCCAUGGAGUCCUAAAGCCCGUGUGACCCCAACUCUACCCAAGCAGGACCGUCCUGUACGUGAGGGGACCCGAGUUGCUUCCAUUGAGACAGGUUUGGCUGCAGCAGCUGCAAAGUUGGCCCAGCAGGAGCUACAGAAGGCCCAAAAGAAGAAAUAUAUUAAGAAGAAGCCUUUGCUGAAGGAGGUAGAACAGCCUCGCCCUCAAGACUCCAAUCUCAGCGUGGCAAUACCAGCCCAAACACUGGUUACUGCACCCCAGCCUCUUGCCUCUUCCUCACCCCUGCCUCCUCCUGAGCCUAAACAAGAGGCUCUGUCAGGAAGUCUUGCUGACCAUGAGUAUACCGCUCGACCCAAUGCCUUUGGCAUGGCCCAGGCAAACCGCAGCACCACACCCAUGGCCCCCGGCGUUUUCUUGACCCAGCGGCGCCCUUCAGUUGGGUCCCAGAGCAAUCAGGCAGGACAAGGAAAGCGUCCCAAAAAGGGCCUGGCCACAGCAAAGCAGAGACUUGGCCGUAUCCUGAAAAUCCACAGAAAUGGCAAGCUACUUCUGUGAGCCGAGUCCCCUUGUGUUCCAUCCCUCACCCCUUCACCCCCAUUGCCUUCUCCGUUGUCAACUUUCGGGGCACUUCUGGAUCCUGUUUGCCCCGGACAAGGUGCUGAGGCGCAUUGUCCUGCUUUCUUGGGACUGACCAAAGGCAUGGACACCCCCAUGGAUCUUUCCACUGGUUCCCCUCAACUCCCUUUCCCACUACCACUAUGAGCAUCCUACCUUCUUUCUCUAUACCCGUGAGAAGCAGGUAAAUGGGAGAAAUUUCCAACUGACUAUGACUAGAACCCUUAUUUCUGUUCCUCCAGCCCCAUUUCCCUGCUUUGUCUUUUACUCUAACCCCCUCCCAACCUCCCACCAUGUAGCUGGUAGGCAGGAUGAGGAGAGGCAUGAAGAGAUCCUGGGCCCCUGGAUAUUUCUGUGGCCAUGAAGUGGGAGACCCAGUGCUCCACUUUGCAACUCUAACCCUCUCUCUAGAAGACACCCAUGUUUCCUUCCCUUUCCCCUCCCUACCAAUCCAGUGGAUGUACCCACCUAUAGACUUGUUUCUGGGAGAAGGCUGUGGUCUCUGCCCCCUCUUGCCAAAUACUUCAUGGAAAAAAGAGGAGGGCCCAGAGUCCCCUUUACUGCCCCAAUGUGGGCUAUUGAUAGAGGUGGCCUAGAAAGGCUGAAUUCACUUAUCCUUAAAAGAAAGGAGAUUCACUUUUCAAAGUGUGGAGAGGACAGAUGCCUAGGUCUUUGACCAUCCUCAUUGGAGGAAGCUACUUAUGGCUGGCUAUACAUGAAGCUCUUUGUCACAGGGUGAGCCCCAGCGAUUUGCCUGGAUUUUGAGGUCCUGCAGAACAUUAUCCAUGCAGCUGUGGCUGGGCUCCAGCAGGUGUAAACCUGAAAGCACCUGUCACUGAAGCAGAUAACCCUGGACCUUCUGGAGAGGGUAUCGAAAGACAGUCUACCCCUGGGUCCUUCGUCAAACCUCCUUACUUCUUUUCCCACCUGAGGUCUUAGUCUGGAUUAAGACCUCAGAACUCAUAUCUUCACUCCUGGACCUUUGCACUUGCAGACCAUAGGUCAGCAUUUAAGCAGAGUGCAGAUGGACCACUCACUCAUGAGCCCAAGUCUAGGAGAAGAGAUGCCCAUCUGUGAAGGAGCAGACCAUCUUCCCCUCUUUCCUUUGUGUAUUCUUUCCAUUGUCCAGACAGUGCCCAAACCUCCCUCUUGUCUUGCCUCACUGGCAAUCUGAACUUGACGGAGAAUGCUCCUUUUCCCACCCCAUUUUGGCACUGCCCAAGCGGAGUGUAUCCUUGUCCUCUACCCUCCACUCCAACCUCACCCCAGCUUGCCUCAAGCUUCUGGGGAAUUUAACAGCUACCAUUCAGGCCACAGGGAAUUUGUGAGGCUUCCUUUGUCUUGUGUCUUUGGUUUUAUUUCUUCUCCACAGCCCCGCCUCUACUGUCCUUCCUUGGAAUCAGGGGUCCCUUAUUCCUGUUUGCUUUUUCUACCUUGGGGACCCCAGGGGCCAAGCAGUCCUCCAUCUAGUCACACCAAAGGCAAAAAGCCUGGCUACCUCCCCCCUAGCACGUGAGGUCCCUACUCCCCUUUCCUCUGUUUCUACCCAGCUUUGCUUAUCUUGGGGAUUUCAAGGCAGCAGGGGGUAGUAAGGGGAGGGCAGGAGAAGCCUCUGUCCCAGUGUAGGCAACUACCUGACUAGACACAGACUGCUGUCACCAAGACCAGGUCCCCAACCCUUUUGCCCAUUAACACCCCUUCUUGAUCUUUCAAAGGCAGCUAAAUUGCUAGCAAAUCCCCCUGAUUCCUGGCCUCUUUCUCCUCUGUUUCUUUGUUAGAAGUUUCUGUGGAGCUAAACUCAGCCUCCAUUUGACUGGGUUCAUUUAGUUUAGUAGGGGUCUCAGAGUCUUCUGUUUGUUGUUUUGUGUUGUUUCCAAUGAAAAGCAAGUUUACCCUCAGAGUCAUGCUUUUCCAAAGAGGCUAGUGUUUUUUGUUGUCAUUUUUUUUUGUUGUUGUUGUUUUUGUUUUUGUUUUUGUUUUUUUUAAUGUUUCAGGUUCUAAGUGAAGUGAGUUGGGGAGGGGUUGGAAGUGGUAGUAAACAAGGUUUAGAACAUGGUGAGAUAGUUAACUCUGAUCUCCAAUCCCCAGCAGAGAACUGGGGGUAAAAUAGGGGGCAGGGAGAGAGGAUUUCUAUUCACCUUUAAUAUAUUUUUACAAAAAAAAAAGCAAACAAUUUAAAAACAAACCCACCGCUUCUGUACAUGUCUAAAUAUAUUUUUAGAAGUGGGUAGGAUUGUGAAUUUCUGAUGCAGGGCCUUUUUAUAAAUAGGUUAGAAUAGUAUCAUCUGGACUUUCUGUUGUUUUUUUUCCCUGUUUUUUUCUUAUGUUGUGUUACUAAUGUAAUUUAUAUUUUUUUUAGAUCCUCCCUUUCCUAUAGAGAUAAAAGUGAUUUAUCUUGGCAA